AUGAACUCGAAAGUUGGAGACCCCCACGUGAAAACCCCGCAGGUGACGGGCGAGGCGGAGCUGAGCCCCUUAGAGCUCUUGGUGGUCGGCUCCAUCGCAGGAGUCGUUGCCAAGACCGUCACUGCCCCGUUGGACCGGGUGAAGCUGAUCUACCAGGUCACCCCCUCCAAGGUCUACAGCUUUCGCUGUGCCCUUCAGCUGGCUCGGGACAUCGCACGCCUGGCGGGACCACAGGGGCUGUGGUAUGGCCACAUGGCAACGGUUUAUCGUGUGGUGCCCUUCGCUGGCGUUCAGUUCCUCAUGUUUGAAACCAUGCAGAAGCGUCUGGCGAGGCUACCUGAAGCAAAGGAGUCACCCUUCGCACCAUUCUGGAUUCCGGCCUGUGCCGGGGCAUCUGCUGCGGUGUCUGCCACCAUCGCCACGUAUCCUUUGGAUGUCAUACGAACACGCAUUGCCGGCCAUCUGGAAGCAGUGCCGCGGUACAGAAACUACUCAUCCGCCGUGCACGGAAUCCUUCAGAUUGAAGGCUUUCGAGGCCUUUUCCGGGGCCUCUCCCCAACGCUUCUGGGCAUCGGUCCCUACGGGGCUCUCUCCUUCUCCGCCUUUGAGUUCUCCAAAGGCAAGCUGCGGCAAUGGCAUGGUGUGUCCAGUGACUCGGACGUGCCCUUGCAUCAUCUGCUGGCCGCGGGCAGCCUGAGCGGAGCCUCGGCCCAGCUGCUCUCCUACCCGAUCCAGACGGUCCGGCGGAGGAUGCAGCUGCCUUACCCGGAGGAGCUUGGCGCACAAGGAUCACUGGCCUAUGCCAACAUCAGGGACACGUUUCGGCAGAUCCACACGACAGAAGGCCUUGUCGCCCUCUACCGAGGUGCCUCCAUUGUGUGGCUGAAGGGGCCUUUGACGGUGGGCCUGGCUUUCGGGGUGAACGACAUGCUCAAGGGCUUCUGA